AUGACUUCGCCACGGCGUCUCGCGCAGUCGGACUCACUGCCGAAGCCACAAGCGAAGCGUCCCCGCACGCUAUCCAUUCACUCUGCCACCUUGCCGCCCUCAGCUCGUUCACACGUCGCUAUGGACCGCCGCACCCCGCGUUCCGCCACCGCUCCAACAGCUCGAAGGCUUGUAAUCCGCCCGUACAAGGAGCCACCUAAGGCUCCCGAUGAUCUCUUCCGCACCGCUUGGGACACCCAGCUUCAUCCUGCCGUUCUUGCAGUCUACAAGUCCGCACCGGUGCCUUUUUCGCUUGAGGAGCUCUAUGGAAAGGUCAAGGAUGCUUGCUUGCACAAGCAUGCACCCGAAUUGUAUACUGAACUACGCGCAGCAUGCGAUCGCCAGGUUGCCAGGCAAAUAGCCCAGCUAUGUGGCGGCACCGUCGAAGUGGAUGCAUUUUUGCGGGCUGUUGAUACCGUUUGGCGCCGCUACUGCACUCACAUGCUUCGCAUCCGCGCCAUCUUCCUCCACCUUGAUCGGACCUACAUCAUUCAAGGAGGAAACCCUGAUGCCAAAUCCUUUUGGGACAUGGGACUUCACAUUUUCCGCGUUCACUUUUCCUCGGCCCAUGCUGUCCAGGACAGAACAGUUAAGAGUUUGUUAGAAAUCAUCGACCGUGAUCGUGACGGCGAGUCCGUUGACACGUCCGUGUUGAAGAGUUUGCUUUCCAUGUUUACCGCUAUUGGCACAUAUGAAAAGGCCUUUGAGAACCCGUUUCUUGCCUCCACCGACCAAUAUUACAGGAAAGAGUCGGAGAAACUCAUUUCAGAGUCUGAUAUUCCUACCUAUCUCAUUCAUGCAGAACGCCGUAUGCGUGAAGAGUCAAACCGCGCCAUAAGCAAUUUUGGCGCACGUACAUGUGCCCCUCUCAUCAUGACUAUAGAGAAAAGACUUGUCACCGAUCAUGUUGAACUAAUUCUGAACAAGGGAUUUAGCGCUAUGUGUGACGAAGGCCGAAAUGAUGACAUCAAGCGUUGCUAUGACGUCCUCUCUCGGGCGAACGCGCACAUGCCAAAGGACUCUCUCGAUGCACAUGAGAUGAUGAAGGCGAGAGUUAUCGCUUACGUUAAAGGGGUUGGUCGUUUCAUUGUGAUGGACCGCGAAAAGGACUCGCAGAUGGUACAAUCUCUUCUCGAUCUCAAAUCACGUCUCGAUGAGCUUGUGCAAUACUCGUUCAAUGGGUCAGACACUUUCCACAAUGCCGUCAACUUGGCCUUUGAGUUCUUUGUCAAUGCGAGAGAGAACAAGCCUGCGGAGCUAAUAGCCAAAUUCGUGGACGGAAUUCUCCGGACCGGAAACAGGGGCUUUUCCGAGGAGGAGCUCGAGACCACCCUGGACAAGGCACUGACUCUUUUCCGUUUCAUUGAUGGCAAAGAUAUCUUUGAAGAGUUCUACAAAAAGGACCUGGCAAAGCGGUUACUGUACGACAAAUCUGCCAGCUUGGAUCUGGAGAAGAGCAUGAUAUCAAAAUUGAAGGCAGAAUGUGGUGCGCAGUUCACUUCCAAGCUGGAAGCCAUGUUCAGGGAUGUAGAUGCUAGCAAGGACCUUAUGCAGAGCUUCAAGACUCAUGCUGCGUCCAGAAAACGGCUUGGUGAUUCUGUUGAACUAAACGUGUUUGUGCUAGAGGCUGCAAGAUGGCCUUUAAGUAGCCAGGUAACGAACGUCAAGCUUCCGCAGAGCUUGAUUGGAUAUCAACAAACUUUUAAGAGUUUUUACCUCACCAAGCAUAGCGGGCGAAAGCUCUCAUGGCAGCACGUGGACGGUUCCUGUGUGGUCAGUGCACAUUUUCCGAAAGGGAGGAAGAUUUUAAACCUGUCGCUGUACCAAACGAUAAUCACGGUGUUAUUCAACGAUUCUGAUGAGAUUUCAUACCAGGACAUUGAACAAGCAACAGGUAUCCCUAAACAAGAUCUUAAGCGGACUCUUCUGUCGCUUGCAUGCGGAAGAGUUCGAAUUCUUCAAAAAAGACCAAAGGGAAGAGCAGUGGAUAGCAGCGAUUGUUUUGUUUUUAACAAAAUGUUCGAACACAGAUCGACACGAAUCAAGAUCAACGCAAUCCAAAUGAAGGAGACUGUAGAACAGAAUGCGGCAACUACAGAGCGUGUAUUCCAAGAAAGAAACUGCCAGAUUGACGCGGCGCUCGUUCGAAUCAUGAAGACCAGGAGGACUCUUCACCACACGGCGUUAAUAGGAGAGAUCUACAGCCAGCUUCGUUUUCCGCACAAACCAGCCGACAUCAAGAAGCGAGUAGAAUCUCUCAUCGAGCGCGAAUACUUGGAACGCGACGAAAAGAACGCUCAAACGUAUCAUUACUUAGCGUAAAGAUGGGACUAGAGACGAAAAAAUGGUAGGGGUGCGAUACAUGAAAUACAUGAAGGGCUUUGACACACACAGCGCUUGGACGAUGCUAGGUUGUUGAAGCUGGAAUAUGCAAUGCGCGGCCGCAGGCAGCAUUUCGGAUGAUGCUUAGAUGUCAAACUCCAACGGUGCCUCCUCCUAUACUGUACGUACAGUAGCAGGAGGUACCGUUUGAACGUAAGGGACAUACAGUACUGUAGUUGCGAUGCCUGUGAUGAUGCGCGCAACUUUUUUGCUAUAGUGCGAACAAGAUUGAGACCUGUUGGUGUACGAUAGAUGGCUGUCACAACGACUCUUGGACGUAUUGCCAAUUUUAAAAACUAAGUUUCACAACAA